AUGUUAGAUGCCAAAGGGGCAUCCAUUCCACUGUCUUCCUUAUCAGAUUUGUCUCUCAAUGAGGUCUCCGCCCCAACAGAUGCCAAAGAAUAUCGAAGAGCUAUUGGUGCCAUACAAUACUUAUCACCAACUCAUCCAGCUAUCUGCUUUGCAAUAAAUAAAUUAGCUCAAUUCAUGCAUUCUCCAAUAGUUAACCAUUGGCAAGCUGUCAAAAGGCUUCUUAGGUACCUCAAACACACUAUUUCCUAUGGCUUACACUUCAAGAAGUCUUCGUCUCUAUCGCUAACAACAUUCUCAAGACGCCGACUGGCGACUGGGCUGGCAGCUAUGACGAUCACAUGUCCAUAUCAGCCUACUUAA